UUAUUCAGCCUGCUGUCCAACAGCCUGGUCCUGCAUCAGACCGUGCCGCACCUCCCCAUUUCAUCGCUGCUGAGCCUCGCAUCGGCAUCUCGCAGCUUCAAGGCUCUUCUGCACAACUCACCUGGGGUCUUCCGCCAUCUUGACCUGACUACGGUCAAGCGUGCCCAGCCAUGUCUGGACAGGAGCACCAGCACAUCCUCCCACCGCGAGGCGGGCCCGGUGGUGUAUGAUCGCUUCGUUGCGGACGUCACAGAAGACGAUGUCUAUUCUGGUCCCUUGAGAGGUGUCCUCGCCACCGUUCAACGGAGAGACAUUCUCGCGAGUGUGCAGACUCUCGUGCUUGAUGGCCUGUCUGUCACCGCCGAGCUGGUAAACGACAUGCUUGUCGACCCUUCGUUCUCAGUCCGUAUCCUAUCGGUGCGCGACUGUGCGAACCUCAACGAGGCCAAAUUGAUGCAAACUUUGCGCUUCGCGUGUCGGCGCGGUCGUGCGGCUAACGCACUGCGGCUCAAGGGACUAUACGUGUUCGGUUCGAAGGACAGCUCGCGGGAGGCGGGCGGGCUUAAUAAGAGCAGCAGAGCCAGCUCUUGGUAUCACAACCAUGGACGCAUUAUCAGUAAGAAGAUCACGGACGGCUGGGCCGAGACACUGCUCGACUGCCAGAGCAGCAUCCGCUUCGAUGCUGUCCUUUGCACCGGGCCGCGCCAUCAGAACUCGCCUGCUUUUGGCAGGGUGCCUGUCUCGAGCUACAGCAGCUCCGCCCGUGCGACACCAUGGGCAGUCGCAACAUUUGCCGUUGGCGGCUGUGCAGUGUGCGGGACAGCACCCGAAGGCUUCACCGUCCACGGCGAGUCUCCCGAGGAGAACCUGCCGCUCCUGGCGCCGCUCCUCGUCCACUCAUCCAACGUCAAGGCGGCAUGCCGGCCGGCCGGUGCGAGCAGCAGCGGGAGUGGCGGCCUCGGCGGCUCGAGCGGCCGACCGCGUUUUGUGCCUCGAUGCCUCGAGUGUAUCCGAGAGCGGUACUGCUUCAGCUGCGACCAGUGGUGGUGUGAGUCGUGCUACCAGGUGCCAGGUCAGCAUCAGCCCCUGCAGACCCGGAAGAUCCAGCGUAGCUGCUGGGAAUGCGACCCGAAUUGCGACGACUGUGUCACCCACACCUCGCGCACCUGCAAAAGCUGCGGCGGCGGGUACUGCCUCGUCCACUACGACGGCUCCACAGAGACUCAUGUAAGU